CCCUCUCCGCAGACCCCGAGGACGCGGCCAUGCCGGGCGGAGCGGAGGCGGGCGAGGCGGAGGCCGAGGCCGGGCCCGGGCCGGGGUCGGGGUCCGAGGCCGAGGAGGACGCGCUGUGGGAGCGGAUCGAGGGCGUCCGGCACCGGCUGACGCGCGCCCUGAACCCCGCCAAGCUCACGCCGUACCUGCGCCAGUGCCGGGUCAUCGACGAGCAGGACGAGGAGGAGGUGCUGAGCACAGUCCGCCUCCCGUGCCGCGCCAACCGCACGGGGCGACUGAUGGACAUCUUGCGCUGCCGAGGCAAGAGGGGCUAUGAGGCCUUCCUGGAGUCCCUGGAGUUCUACUACCCAGAGCAUUUCACGCUGCUCACGGGCCAAGAACCAGCCCAGCGCUGCUCCAUGAUUCUGGACGAGGAGGGGCCGGAGGGCCUCACCCAGUUCCUGAUGACCGAGGUGCGCAGGCUUCGGGAAGCUCGCAAGAGCCAGCUGCAGCGAGAGCAGCAGCUGCAGACCCGGGGCCGGGUGCUGGAGGAGGAGAGGGCCGGGCUGGAGCAGCGGCUGCAGGAGCAGCAGCAGGCUCAGGAGCGCUGCCAGCGGCUGCGGGAGGAGUGGGAGGCCGGUAGCCUGGAGCUGCUUCGGCUCAAGGACGAGAACUACAUGAUCGCCAUGCGCCUGGCCCAGCUCAGCGAGGAGAAGAAUUCGGCGGUGCUGCGCAGCCGAGACCUGCAGCUGGCGGUGGAUCAGCUCAAGCUCAAGGUCAGCCGGCUGGAGGAAGAAUGCGCUCUGCUUCGGAGGGCCCGGGGAGCGCUGCCCGUGGCUGAGGACAAGGACAAGGAGCCGGACAGCGCCGACCUGCUGUCCGAGCUGCGGGCCGAGAACCAACGGCUGACGGCCUCGCUGCAGGAGCUGCAGGAGGGGCAGCAGCAGGAAGCCAGCCGGCCGGGGGCCCCAGGCUCGGAGCGCAUUCUCCUAGACAUCCUCGAGCAUGACUGGCGUGAAGCGCAGGACAGCAGGCAAGAGCUGUGCCAGAAGCUACGCGCCGUGCAGGGGGAGUUGCAGUGGGCCGAGGAGCUGCGGGACAAGUACCUGCAGGAGAUGGAGGACCUGCGGCUGAAGUAUCGCACGCUGCAGAAGGACUGUGACCUGUACAAGCACCGCAUGGGCACCGUGCUGGCCCAGCUGGAGGAGGUGGAGAAGGAGCGGGAUCAGGCCAUCCAGAACCGUGACCGGAUCCAGCUGCAGUACUCGCAGAGCCUCAUCGAGAAGGAUCAGUACCGCAAGCAGGUGCGGGGCCUGGAGGCCGAGCGGGACGAGCUGCUGACCAGGCUCACCGGCCUGGAGGGCACCAAGGCCCUGCUGGAGGCGCAGCUGCAGCGGACCCAGGGAGGCUCCUGCCUCAAGGCCUGCACCUCCUCCCACUCCCUGUGCUCCAACUUCAGCAGCACCUGGAGCCUCAGUGAGUUCCCCUCCCCCCCGGGAGGCCCGGAAGCUGCCUUGGGGGAAGCGUGCACCUCGGGAUCUGAGCCCUACACCUUGGAUGAGGCCACAGACAGCGAGAAGGAGAUCAACCGCCUCUCCAUCCUGCCCUUCCCCCCCAGCGCGGGCUCCAUCCUCCGCCGGCAGCGAGAGGAGGACCCUGAGCCCCCCAAGAGGUCCUUCAGCAGCAUGUCGGACAUCACAGGGAGCGUGACACUUAAGCCCUGGUCUCCAGGACUGUCCUCCUCGUCCUCCUCCGACAGCGUGUGGCCCUUGGGAAAGCCCGAAGGCCCCCUGGGCCGGGGCUGUGGCCUGGGUCUCUUCAACAGAUCUCUGGCCAUCCGAAUGUCUGGCUGGAGCCCCCCAGGUGGCCCAGAAUCCCAGGACAAGAAUCCAGAUAACCUAUCGUUCCUCGGGGACAGAUGGUCUGGGGCGGUGGUUCGGAGGGUACUUUCCGGGCCUGGGUCUGCCGGGACAGAACCAAGAGAGCCCAGGGCAGAAGCUGCUGGUCUGGAGGGGCCCAGCCUGGAAGCAGAGGCUCAGCAGAGGACCUUGCCCUGGAGCCAGGUGACCACACUGCCCCUCCCACGGGACUCUAAAGCCUGCCGGUCCUUCCACGAAGCCUUAGAUGCCUGGUCAAAGGCACCGGGUGCAGAGCCAUUCUACAUCCGAGCCAACCUCACCCUGCCCGAGCGGGCAGACCCCCAUGCCCUCUGCGUGAAAGCCCAGGAGGUCCUGCGGUUGCUGGACCCCGGGUACAAGCGGCGGCAGCAGUGGUUCUGUGCCAGGGUGGACCCUCUCACUCUGUGGGACCUGGAUCGAGGCACUGUGCCCAAUUAUCAGAGAGCCCAGCAGCUCCUAGAAAUCCAGGAAAAAUGCCUGUCCUCCAGCCGGCACCGGAGCCCACGCAGUAACCUGAAGAAGCGAGCUCUGGGUCUGGUGAGGCCCAAGCCUGCAGGGGGUGCGGCAGGGGACUCCCCAGAGCAGCUGCCGCAGGAGCCCUGCUCAGAGCCAGAGGGGAGCCUCAGACCCUACAGCCUGGUGCGGCCGCUGCUGGUGUCGGCGUUGCGGCCUGUGGUGCUGCUGCCGGAGUGCCUGGCGCCCCGGCUCAUCCGCAACCUGCUGGACCUGCCUAGCUCCCGGCUGGAUUUCCAAGUGUGCCCUGCGGAAAGCCUCUCCGGGGAGGAACAGGGCCCGGCCUCUGCUCCUGGGGCCCCCAAGGCCCAGCCUGUCACCCCUGGGCUGGGCAGCAGGAUCCGAGCCAUCCAGGAGUCCGUGGGGAAGAAGCACUGUCUGCUGGAGCUGGGGGCGCGGGGCGUGCACGAGCUGGUCCAGAGCGAGGUCUACCCCAUUGUCAUCCACGUGGAGGUGACGGAGAAGAAUGUCCGAGAAGUCAGGGGCCUGCUGGGCCGCAUGGGCUGGCGGGACUCGGAGCUGCUGCGGCAGUGUCGGGGCGCAGAGCAGGCGCUGUCGGGGCUGCCCUGCUCCUGGGUGCAGGUGCCGGCGCACGCAUGGGCCCACGCGGAGGAGCUGGCCAAGGUCGUGCGGGGCCGCAUUCUGCAGGAGCAGGCCCGCCUCGUGUGGGUAGAGCGAGGCACCGCCUGCGGCAGCAGCAACAGCAGCGAGGCCUGAGGGGCCCGUGCCUGGGUCUGUCCUGCACCUGACACGGGAGCCUCCUCCAUCGGAUGCCUGGCCUCCUCCAUAGGAUGCCUGGCCUCCUCCAUCUGAUACCCAGGCCUCCUCCAUCUGAUGCCCGGGCCUCCUCCAUCGGAUACCCGGGCCUCCUUCCACAUUGCAGGAGCUGCUAGCUAGAGGACCCUCUGUGGUGGAGUGAGUCCUUCCUCCUUCCCAGGCCCUUGGGUUCUGCAGUGUGGGCCCCUCGGCCUGGCCUCCCGCUCUCCUGUUGGUCGCCGGCCCACGGCCACUGACCGGCAGAGCCCGACUCAGUGCUGGCCCUGCACUUGCUGCUCCGGGCCUUCCACACUCCCACUUGGUCUCAGUGUGCGUCUGUGUCCCCUUCUCGAAGGCUCCUCACCCCUGGGCAGCGUUUGCAGGAGUUCUCCCCUGGGGGUGGGCGGGGCUCUGGCUCGCCCCUCCCCCCGUGCAGGAGGCUGCCCUGUGUGACUCCACCCAUCCACCUUCCCUGUCGGUGGGUAUGGCCACAUCGUCCAUUGUCCACCUGUGUCUGUCCUCUGUAUCUGCGCUUCUGUCCCACCCCACCCCCCUGGCACUGGGCACUCACACACACGUGUGUUCUCAACGCACGCUGUCUCACGCCCUGCCUCGGAGGGGAGGGCCAGGGGCGCGGCUGCUCGGCCACCAGAAUGUGCGCCCGGACGUUCCUCACGGGCCUUUUCCACUAAGCUGCACACUACGGAACAUUAAACACUGUUUGUCAUAG